AUGUCAUCAUCAUCAUUAUUAUUUUUAUUAUUAUUAUUCCUAUUAUUAACUUCUACCACAACAUCAUUGCCUCCCAACUGGGUGGGUACAUACAAAAUUGAUGAUAGUUGUGCAACAGAUGAAUGUUGUUGUUUUGCUGAGCAAGCAAAAAUAACUUAUUUUGGUCCUUAUAACCAGUUAAUAAUCACAACAGGUUUGGCUGGUCGUCCAUGCGCAAGUCAAAUAAAUUCUACUACCUAUACAUUCUCAAUUAAUAUGCCACAAGACAAAAGUGGUUAUCAAACAACAUUUGUUAAUUUGGGUACAUUAAAUCGUUUUAGAUUAAGUGAGGAUAGUCGAUAUAUAUCAGGUGUUAAUUUACAAUACCCGAAAUGUAGUGGAAAUGGUCUUCGUAUUCAGUAG